AUGGAUACAAAAAAGUUUAAAAAUAUUGCUUUUAUAGAUGCUGAUUAUUAUAUAAUUAACUACAGUAGUACUAUUACUACAUAUAUACAAAACAUAUUUACGAAUUUAUUAAGAGAUAAAAACACAAUAGAAACAGGAAAUCAGAUAGAUAAGAAUAUUGAUGAAAGGAAAAAAAUAAUUUGCAUUUUUAUGUUAAAAAUAUUUUUAAACAACAUAGACAAAAAUUUAAAUUUAUUUGAUUAUUUGCACAGUGUAAUAAAAAAAUAUUAUGAUCUUAUAUUUAAUAAAAAAUUAAAUUAUAAAACUAAUAAAAUAAAGGUAAAUGAUGAAAAUGAAAAUUAUAUAGGAAAAAAUGGUGAUAGAAAAGUUUCCAAUAUUAAUGAACAAAAAGAGAAAAAAAACUGUGAAAUAACAAAUUCUUUAAAUGAAGAAAUUGAUAAAAAUGAAUAUAAUGAAAUAUUUAUAAAUAAUGAAAUAAAUGAUUUGAUGCAGAAUCUAAUAAAAAAUAAUAAUUAUAAUAAUAUGGAAAAUAUAAAUCAAUCAAAAAUUUGCUUUAUUAACAUAACAAACAGAGAUACUAAAAAAAAUUCAUCUUCAGUUGAAAAUUUUACUUUAGAUAACUAUUGUGAAAGUGAUUUAAGUAAUAAUUCUAAAAAUAAAAAAACAGAUUAUUAUGAAAAUAAGUGUAGUUAUGAUAAUGAAAAAAAGGUGAAAGAUGAUUCUUUUUAUAGUACUUAUAAAUUAAAUAAUACCUUUCCAAAUGUUAAUAAGAAAAGGUUUUUAAUAAAUUAUAAUAAUAUUAAUCUUAAAUUAAAAAAUUUUGAUGAUUUUUUAAAUUUAAGAUGUAUUAAAAAAGUACAUAAGGAAGAUGAAGAAUGUAUUCAAGAGAUAAAAAAUUUAUAUAGGAUAAUAAUAUUGUCUAAAUUACAUAUAGGAGUUUAUAAUUUUUUAUCUUUCUUAAAAAAAAAAAAAUAUUUCUUUAUAUUUUACACUUCUAAUAAAUAUUUGACGAAUUUAUUAUUUAAAUGGUUUAAAAUUUCUAGAAAAUUUAAAAAUUGCUAUAAAGUAAUAGAUUCAUUUCAAGAAUUAAAUUUAAAAAAUUAUAAUAAUUUCCUUGUGUUUAGUAAUCGUGAAUGUUUCAUAAAUCAAGCAAAAAAAAGCGGAUUUUUCAAAAUAGCUGUUGGGAAAAAUUCAUUAAAAACUUCUAAUUGUGAUGACGUAAAUUGGAAUAUUAUACAUAAAGAAAAUUUUAUAUCUGACUAUUCUGAUUCUAUAUCUAAUAAAUAUAAUGAUGUUGUUUAUCCUUUUUUAAGAAAUUGCAAUUUAACUGAAGAUAUUUUAUCAUGGAGAAUAUUUUACAUAUUUAAAAAAUAUAUUUAUAUAUAUGGAGAAGUAGUAAAAGGAUUUGGGAGAGGGAGUAAAUAUUUAAAUCUUCCAACAGCUAAUAUAUCAAGUUCUAAUUUAGCUUAUGUUGAUAUAAUGCCAGGAAUAUAUUUUGGUAUCUCUAAAUUAAAAAAUAAAAUUUAUAAAACUGUUAUAUCUAUUGGAUAUAAUCCUUAUUUUAAGAAUAAACAUAUGACUAUUGAAGCUUUUCUAUAUUAUAAAACAAACGUUUUUUUUUAUAAGGAAAAUAUUCAUUUAAUUAUUAUGGGAAUUCUUAGAAGUGAAAGUAAUUUUUCUUAUUUUUCACACCUAAUACAUGCUAUUCAAUUUGAUUGUGAACUUGCAAGAAUUAUUCUAAACAAAAUUCAAAAUGAUAAAAAUUUUAUAAAAUGUAAGAAUUACCUUAAUUCAUUAUAA